UUCUAAAUCACUCACAAUUUCAAUUUCCUUAGAGACUCAAACACGCUCUCCACGGUGAAACCAUUACCGGUGCAUAGAGUAACAAUGGAAGACGGCGAAACGACGGAGGAGGUGGUUGUCGUUCCGGUUUCCAAUAGCGACGGCGUCGGUGACGAGCAAAUGUUUCCGCAUUCCCCACGACAAUGCGAUUCGGAAGAGGAGUCUCCGCACGAAUCGUUGCGUAAAACGAAAGCUUCAAUAGAAAACGCCGUCGCCGAGAUUAUCGCUCUGAAGAAACAUGCCGAACCCAAACCGCUCCUCACUCUCCGACUCAGAGAGCUGCUCACUCAAACGUUCCUCCAUUUCGUCACUCUUCGCCAGGCCAAUCGCUCCAUCUUGUUGGAGGAGGAGCAUGCGAGAACGGAAACUGAGCGUGCGAAGGCGCCUCUGGAACUCACCACGCAGCAGCUUCAGAACCUGAUGUACGAGAAGAGUCACUACGUGAAGGCAAUAAAGGCGUGUAACGAUUUCAAGUCCAAGUAUCCUGAUAUUGAGGUGGUGUCGGAGGGAGAGUUUUUUCGUGACGCACCGCAGGACAUGAAGGACUCCGUUUUGUGUAGCCACAGUGAACAUAAUCUCGUGCUGAAGAGACUCAAUUUUGAGUUGUUUCAGCGCAAAGAGCUUUGCAAGCUUCAUGACAAACUGGAGCAGAAAAAGAAAACUCUUUUGGAGACAAUUGCAAACCGAAAGAAGUUCUUGUCUAGCCUCCCUUCACAUCUCAAGUCUCUAAAGAAAGCAUCCUUGCCAGUGCAAAAUCAACUAGGAGUUCAGCAUACUAAGAAACUAAAGCGGCAUCACUCAGCAGAGUUGCUUCCACCACCUCUUUAUGUGAUUUACUCACAACUGUUGGCUCAAAAGGAGGCGUUUGGAGAAUCUAUUGAUGUGGAGAUUGUAGGAAGUGUCAAAGAUGCUCAAAAUUUUGCCCACAUUCAAGCUCACAAGGACACUGAUAUUAUGGCUGCUGCUGGUCCGUCCAGAAGAGAAGUUUUCCUCGAGCUGAGAAGAAAAAGACUAGAGGAGGAAAAAAGAAGAACAUGUGAAAGCUCCCAUCGCUCUGGUACUGAAUCUGACGCUCAGAGGGGUGACUUGCUGCCCCCUCCAGCUGAAAAGAAGAAAAGCAAGCACAAGGACUGCCCUUCCAAGCCUAGUACCCCUCAACCUCCUUCACCCAAGAAGACUUGGGGAAGUGUUUCAAAUGAAAGCAUGCCAGACUCCUUUGUAACCCUGUUUGACUCCCAACUGAAGAUUAGCGAAGGCAUAGAAGUGUCCCUCUCGGCAGAGGAAGUUGACAUUGUCUCGGCCCUGCACGCAAAAACUGUACUGUAUGUGCUAAAUGAAUUUCAGGCUAGGGCCAUGGUGAUGGGCCGCCACCUGGAAACAGUCUUGAGCAAACUGCCCGAUGCAAACAAGUUGGGAGCUGAAAUAAAGACCCUACAGAGUGAGUUGGCCGAGGCAAACAGGCAGAUGCAGGAAAUGUCCCUAUAGCUUGAAAAUGUGAGGGAUGAGAGAUCUCAGCUUUUGUCUGAAUGCAAUGCCCUGAAGGUGCACUGUCGGGACUUAGAGAAGAAGGGUGAAAAGUCACAGGCCACUCUGGAGCUAAUAGAGGAAGAACUAGCGGCCUCUAAGAAAGAGUACAAAGAAGCGUUGGGCAGGAUUUACCAGCUAAAAGGAUAUGUGAUGUCCCAACAUGAAGAGGGUUUCUACAAGGGUCUACGCUAAGCUUCCCAUUUCUACAAUAUAAAUGCCGAGGAUGAGCGCUUUGACAUUGACAAAGACAUGCACGAUGGCACCUUCAUGGCCAUUGAGGACAUCCCCCUUGCUACCUUUGCUCAUAACCUAGAUGAGCGAGAGAGACCCGCCACUCCCCCAGACGCCUGAUGAAGCCUUGUGUUCCUUCUUUAGGUUAUUAUUUCUUCUUAUUAAUGUUGUAUGUAACAAACUGUAUGGGUUCUGGUCACCCUCUUUCGGUAUGUACCGUAUGUACUGUAUUGAUGCACUCUAGUCUUUAUGUACGGAAUUAGCACUUAGUUUCUUGUUUGUCA